GACUGAAUCAACGACAGAGUCAACAACAGAGUCAACAACCGAGUCAACAACACCAACGACACCAACAACUGAGUCAACAACUGAUUCAACGACUGAACCAACGACUGAGUCAACAACUGAGUCAACGACUGAGUCAAUGACUGAGUCAAUGACUGAGUCAACGACUGAGUCAACGACUGAGUCAGCAAUUGAGCCAACAACAUCAACAACAAUGCAGAAAACUGAGCCAGGAACACUAAUAUCACGGGCAGCAACAACAGAAAGAAUAUCACAAAUAUUUGAAUCAGCGACAUCAUCGUCAAUACCAUCAUCAAUACAACCGUAUCCAUCAUCAUCAAUACAACCUUAUCCAUCAUCAUCAAUACAACCUUAUACAUCAUCAUCAGCAUCCCAAAUAACAUUCCCAUCAUCAUUUCCAGCAUCCCCAUCAUCAAUAGGAGCGACCUCAGAAACGAAAUAUACAAGUUUCACUACUGUAGAGGCAAUAACAAUGACAAACGGAUGUAUAUGUACAUGUUUGACUAACUCUUCCACCUUGAAACCAAACAUCACCGAUGAACAACUGGAUAAUAAGCUUCGUGAGAUCAUCUCGGAGUUGACUAUACCACGACGCAACACGUCCAAGUACAUCCGUUCCAAAAAAAGUAUGGCUGACGAACGUGUUUCAUCAAAGGUGAUCGGUGGCUUCACGGCCAUUGUCGUGGUUGCACCCUUUGUUCUUAUUGUCGUGGUUGACUUACUGCCGCUUCUCAAAUGGCUCUAUUCAUACAUCUAAAAUUCUACACACGAACAGUGGGCUGAUAAAUAACAACGAGAACUACUACUACUACUACUACUACUACUACUACUACUACCACUACUACUACUACCACUACCACUACCCAUCACCACGACGACGUCGAC